UUGGAGUGCUUCUGCUGCUCGUGCUGUGAUGGAACGCGCAUAUCAUCGCGGCGAAAGAAGAACAUAUCUCAUUGGUGACUCGGGAUAUCCAUUAGAACCUUGGCUAUUAACUCCUUUGCCUCGUGAGCCUGAAGGAACUCCACGAUUCUUCUACAAUCGAACAUUAUGUAGUGCAAGAAAUUGCGUGGAACGAUUGUUUGGAGUACUUAAAAGCACGUGGAGAUGCCUUUCCAAACAUAGAGUUCUGCAAUAUGAGCCUGGUUUUGCAGGAAGAAUUGUUAAUGCAUGUGCAGUUUUACACAAUAUGCGCAUUGCUAACGGUAUACUUGACGACGAUCCAUUUGAAGAUUACGUGAAUGGAGAAGAUGUACCCGAUAUUCAUAUCGACGAUGAUAAUAAUAAUCUGCAACCACUUGCACUCGCUCGUCGAAUUCAAGAUCGCCUUAUUGCGGAAAGGUUUGGAAGAUAAUACACGUAAUUUAU